UUAUCACACUCACAGGCUCGCGGUUGCUGUUUCUGUUAUUCUUAAAAAUCUCUCUCUCUCUCUCUCUCUCUCUCUCUCUCUCUCGGAAAGCUCUGCGUGGGGUGUCAAUGGCGGAUCUGAAGUCAACCUUUCUGAAAGUAUACUCCGCCCUGAAAUCGGAGCUCCUUGAAGACCCUGCUUUCGAGUGGACCGAUGAAUCUCGGCAAUGGGUCGAGCGGAUGCUGGAUUACAAUGUGCCUGGAGGGAAGUUGAACAGGGGCUUGUCCGUUAUCGACAGCUACAAAUUGUUGAAAGAAGGAAAGGAGUUAACUGAAGAUGAAAUUUUCCUUGCUAGUGCUCUUGGUUGGUGUAUUGAAUGGCUUCAGGCAUAUUUUCUUGUUCUUGAUGACAUCAUGGAUAACUCUCACACAAGGCGUGGUCAACCUUGCUGGUUCAGAGUGCCAAAGGUUGGUUUGAUUGCUGCAAAUGAUGGGAUUCUACUUCGAAACCAUAUCCCUAGGAUUCUUAGGAACCACUUCAGGAAUAAGCCUUACUAUGUAGAUUUGCUUGAUUUGUUUAACGAGGUGGAGUUUCAAACCGCUUCAGGACAGAUGAUAGAUUUGAUUACUACUCUUGAAGGAGAAAAAGAUCUGUCCAAAUACUCAUUGUCACUUCACCGCCGUAUUGUUCAGUACAAGACUGCCUAUUACUCAUUUUACCUUUCGGUUGCAUGUGCAUUGGUUAUGUCGGGUGAGAAUCUGGACAAACAUAUUGAUGUGAAGAAUAUUCUUGUUGAGAUGGGGGUCUACUUUCAAGUACAGGAUGAUUAUUUGGAUUGCUUUGGUGAUCCUGAAACAAUUGGCAAGAUAGGAACAGACAUUGAAGAUUUUAAGUGCUCCUGGUUGGUGGUAAAAGCAUUGGAGCUAAGCAACGAGGAACAAAAGAAAGAGUUACAUGAGAACUAUGGGAAACCUGACCCGGCCAAUGUCACAAAAGUGAAGGCCCUCUACAAAGAGCUUGAUCUUCAGGGCGUAUUUGCUGAGUAUGAGAGUAAGAGCUAUCAGAAGUUAACAGCCUCGAUUGAAGCUCAUCCGAGCAAAGCAGUGCAAUCAGUGUUGAAGUCAUUCUUGGGUAAAAUAUAUAAGAGGCAAAAAUAGAGAAUCGGUCAGGAAAAGGUUGGAAGAUGAAGAGUUUUCCCACUUUUGAUCUUGAUAUGUAUUUCUAUGUUUACAUGGGAAGAGAAAUAAUCUUGUUGUAUCGUGUUCUUGUAAACAUUUUUUGCUGCUGGUUUUGUUAGUUUGCUUUCCAAUCCCAAUAAACACUGGUGAUUUUUCACUUCCAAUAUGUGUUGGCCAUCUGUGAUUACAUCAUAAUGCUAUACAUAUAUAAGACUGGAAAUGUGUGAAUAA